AUGACAAAGUUCAAUGAUCACAAUGCUGCUGUUGAGCAGGAAUUUGCUUUGCUAGAAGAAGUGCUGAACCAAACUGCUGAUGAUGCUGUGAGGUGUCUCAAAUUGCUGAAGAAGAACCUCUCGGAUUAUGACAACCACCAUGGAAACCAUUUUAUUAAUACUGCCGCGUCGUACAUGCGGAGCGAUAUGCGUGCAGCAAAAGACACGGCAUUUAACUUGAAGCACGUGGCACACCAGGUCAUCAAUAGUCCACAGCCGUCCGAGAUGGACAUUCACUCGGUGCGUAAUAUAAUGAGUAUUGUCGUCAAAUCUAUGGACGCUCUCAGUACGACAGCUCGCAACUACGACCAGAAGAAUGGACGAUCGAAAGGUGUUAAAGGCGUGAUUGACAAUGCCAGUGGCAAGAAUGAUCGGGAAAACCACGAGAAGGACGGAGGUCUGUUUGGUCAGGGCCAUAUGAACAGAAAUGAGAAACACGCUGGUCGUUUUGGCACGGGUGAUGAGCGACACAUGGAUGCUAACCACGGCAGUAGUCUGCUUGGAAAACCGGACGGUGUCUACUAUCAUCAAGGUGGUAGUGACAUUCUGAGCAAUUCUGACACGGUUGAGCAGUUGGUCAAGACCACAUUGCGUGACAACUUUAGUGCCAGUGCACUGAGCCAUCAAAUUACAAAUGCUGAGAAGUCGCUGUCACCUUCAUUCGUGGAACGCGUGAAGGAGGUGGUCCACGAGGUGAAAGAUAAGCUGAAAGGCGACAAGGCGAGUCCGACACACCAUGGUCAUUACGGCCACUAUGGCAACAAGCACGUUGUCGCGCCGUAA